AUGUCUAGCGGAAACUCCACCUGUGGCUUACAAGUGUUUAACCAGAAUAUACAUUCUAUGCAGCACACGGACAUCGAGCACAACAUACAUUAUUGUGACGAGUGUCCUGAAACUUUCACCUGCAAAAAGAGACUCGUCGAGCACAUUGGCGCCAAGCACAACUUCCCCUGUACCAUGUGCCCACAGACUUUUGUCCGAAGUAGUUGUCUUGAAGAGCACAAGCACAGCCGGCACUCACAAUUACGUUGUGACAUAUGUCACAAAAAUUUUGCUGAUCCAGAGAGCCUCAGGCGUCACGAAAUUGAUCACAAUUUGUAUCGGUGCAUGGCAUGUUCACGGUCUUUUGAAAAGAUCAGCGAUCGCACGUGGCACGUAGCCUAUCGACAUCCCUUCAGGUGUGAUGUGUGCGAUUACUUUUGCAACACAUACUCUGAUCUCCUGUUGCAUGAACGUGAUUACCACGAUUUUUAA